ACCAACCUAGGCGAGCUUCUUACACUCAGAGUCGGUAGCCAACAUCCAUCUUAAAGCUAGCUUGAAAUUAUAAUUCUUUGCUGCGCGCAUUAAUCAAUAUUUUUCAUGAUGGCUAGCUUUGUUAAUAUCUAUAAGUUGGUUUGCUUCGUGGCGGUAGUGUGCAUGGUGGUUGGUGCACCAAAGGGUUCAGAAGCUGCUAUAUCAUGUGGGCAGGUGGUGAGGUACCUGACCCCCUGCGUUUCUUAUGUAGCAAAUGGUGGGAGUGUGCCGGCUACGUGCUGCAGUGGUAUCAAGUCCCUCUACGGCCUGGCUCGCACCACAGCUGACCGUCAGGGCGUUUGCAAUUGUCUGAAGCAAGCUGUCAGCGGAGUUCCAUACACUCCUUACAAUCUUAAUCUCGCAGCUGGGCUUCCCAAGAAAUGUGGAGUCAAUAUUCCUUACAAGAUCAGCCCGUCUGCAGAUUGCAAAAGCGUGAAGUGAUCAGCAGAUUGAUAGAGGCAUCGUAGAAAUCAAGUUGGGUUAGCGUGAGAAUAAAUAUCGGUGCCUUUGUUCACCGGGGGAUUUUCAAGACUUGCUUGAUUUUCAUGUUUCUAUGUACUCGUAAUUUCAUCGACUAGAAAUGGGUCUUGUUUAUAGGCCAGAGCAUGUUUCUGAUCCAAACUCUCUGCAAGCAAACAAUCAACAAAUUAAAGGGAUCUUACAUUUCAA